AAGAUGUUGACGCUGCCUCUUCGGUACUGCUUUAGAAAACAAAUGGCUGAAGAAAAGCGGAAAAGGAAAAUAUACUGAAGAAAAAUGUGCAAGUCAAAAAAGUCCUCGUUUCGAAGAAGCAGAACUUACCAAAAGCGAAAAAAACGCUGUCCGUCUCAGUCUUCACUCUCAUAACCUAUAAUUGUUUCUACCAGCCUCAGCCAAUCUUUACUCUCAAACGAUUGAACAUGCCACCUGACGACGAGAUUGGAGACCAGACAGCCAGCACUAUGUUGGCUGGACGAGAGUCUGUUUGCGUGCCCGCGGACGGAGCCGACGUACCCUCCGUAGUGGAUGCAGAAGUAGCAGCUGCAGAAGAUUCUGGAUCACCUUCUAAUUACGAUCAUUGGCAUUGGGUUAUCCUUAUCAUCUGAUUAAAUUAAGUAGAGAAGUUUAAUAUAUAACUUGUAUCUGCUGCUGCCUCACGACGUGGGUCUGACUCUAUUCGCUCCAAGUUCAUCCAUGAAAGAAUAGAUCUUGUUAACGAAGAAUUGAAGGAUUUUGCAGAUCACGGCGUGAAGAGAAGUAGAAGAACGAAUAAGUAUCUGAUGAUGUUAACAAUCUAGAAGUAGCGCUGCCUCUAAUCCGACACGUCAAAACCUGCUAGCGUCAAUGCGUCUCCGGUUGUAGAGCCCCCAAAGCCGAGGAAAUACAGGUUUUCCAUAGCAGAGCCAGAGUCAUUCGAAAGUGACUUUGGAAACGCAACAUCUUCAAGGAACUCACGGGUGAGCAUUAGGGAUUGUUCUUGGCAGGAAAAAAAUCAUUUCAUCAUGUUGCAAGGAUUACUCAGAACAAUUCUUUAUGCCCAAGGCAGGUCGUUGUGAUAGGCUAGACGCGAUGAUGCUUGUGACGUGAGGGAUUGACUUCGACUAGUGGUCGACAGCACUCCUAGAAAUCAAAUAGUUUUUUCGUCUUGCCUCGUGACACUGACACAAUCGAUCUCCACUUCUAAUCCUCCUCGAUUAUCAAGUCGAACUAGCGAAGUACAACAGCUAUUGCUGCCACCUUCGAUUCUGGCAGCGAGAGUGAGUGCUACUUUACGAGGAGAGGAGGCAAAUCUUCUUGACAACUCAAACGGCAGGAUGCGAGGUAGCGUUUUUAUGCUGGAACCGACAGCGUCGACAGCGAGUGGAACACGAACAGGUAAGUGUUAAUGAAUUAAUAAUUGGAUGAUUCUUGCUUGUUUCUCCCUCUUGUUGCCUCUAGUAAUUAUGUUUUUUCAUCACAUCAUCAUGUCAUGAUCCUUGAUCUUCACCAUGUUGUCGUGGCCACAAAAUCCCAUCUACUUCUAGAAGGCUCGUCGUGCUCACAAUUCAUCCAACAACCAACCUCAGGUUCAGAAGUCCCGCCAACACCCACUUUCGAUGAUGGCGACCUAGAGCUUCUGAAGGGGAGAAAUAGCGGCUCUCGCUCUGUCUCCAAGUCCUCUAGCUCGUCGUCACUUGGGGAAGAUGCGAGUUUCUCUGGUACUUUUUUUCGGGUUUUGUUUGACACUACAGUGGAUACUACAGUGGAAGUCGGGAAAGUAUUACUUUUUUGUGGAUGGUGCAGCCAGGUGCAGAUGACUCCCUAAUACAGUUGUUUUUCCUAUACUUCAUACAAAUACUCUUGGUUGAUGUACUACAACAACUUACUUACAAUACUAGAGCGACCUAUCCACUUCUUCAUCUCAGAGCCGAUCGGCCUCGCCCCCUUCGCGCCAUUCAAUGCCGAUAGUGUAGCGCACUUUCCCAGUGUUGUUGCUGAAAUAGCUCACGAGGCGUCUUUGCUGUCCGUAGUCUGUUCUUCCAGAUAUGAGGCUUUGCGCAAGAAAAGGGUCGAGAAGCCAGAAGCUUUCCAGACCGGCAGCUUUGGUGCGAGGCUGUUGUUAUGGUCUUGACAGCGAUGAGGUUGAGGUACUUACUUGUUGAGAACAACAAGAAGUGUUGUUCUUAAGUCGACGCAACGUAGGUCAGCCAUCAAUUUUAACCAAGUCUUUCUCAUGUUGAAUAAAGUAACCAGUGGUAUACAAAUACAUCGAUCUUCAAGUCGGUUUCAUGUAGAAGAACCAGUCCUGAUAUUCAAGCUCUAAUAUGCGGCCAAUUCUCCGACGCCCUUCAGACCGGUGCCUAUGUCUUGGGGAAAACGAAGUACAUGCUCCACACCCAAGUCUUGGAUCUAAGGGGAGAACGGAAACCUGUUAAACCGGUACCAAGAUACCGUAGAGCAACAUCUUUCGUACGGAUUUCCAGAGGAAGAGAGAGAGGAAAAAAAUGAUAGAAGUAAAAUAGAAGGAAAACUGAUACUCGCUUCGCGAUACAGGUCGAUGAGUUGCAGCUGUUGCGUGAUUCGAAAGAGGGGACAUCUUCGACGUAAUCGUCAUAAUUAUAGAGACAGAUUUUCUAGAAGACCAUUCAUCGAAAUUCCUUCCAUUUCCCUAACAUCGAUCAUCUCCCAUUGUCUGCUCGCCACAGAUGUUAAACCGCGAGUUCGAUCCCCAGUCGCAAGUAGAUGAAGCCCUACGGUCCGUUCACGGCGCUUCCUCCAAGAUCGCGUGUUUAGCGGAGGACAUAGUUAAGCUUGAUCGUCCUCAACUGAUGUUAGAUUCAGAUUCUUGGACUUUUAGCAUCCUCAACGCAGGAGCAAAAUCUACCUUGUACACCAACAAAAAUUUUUGGAAAUUAUGACAUCUUCUAUUUGCUAUAAUUAAAAACCGGCAAGGGAAACCUUCCCUCUCUCUCACCAGGCACCACAGUAUAACAACCAUGCCUUUCUUCCCCUUCUAGCCUAUACGCUCACUCCGUCACAAGUGUUGGGCCCACUCCUAUCCUAUCCUAUCCUAUCCUAUCCUAUCCUAUCCUACACGGACACACCCUUAACACUGCGACACUCACUCUAACCUCCCAACAACCGUAAUUCCGACGAAACGAAAGAGCAAUCUCCAACAAACAUCGAUUGGACGUAGCUCAGGCUCUUCGAUGUUUGGGAUCCGCUUCAAGGAGUUCUACGAGCAAGGUUUCGAAACAAGAAGGAAGCUCGAGGAGCCGGUUAGUAGUGUGGGUAUUAAUUUCUUGCUGGAUGGUGUCAGUCUUCUUUUGCAUCCAUUGAUUCGUAAUAUUGUCAUGAUAUUAUAGACAGUUGUUGCAGUGCUAGUUUUUCGCUUCAGUGAAGUAGAUGCGUUUGUUUUAUCAAUGAAAAAAGUAAUUCUAAUUGCAGCCAGUACCUAACCUUGCAAGUUCUCGUGUCUUAUUAUCCCUCCAAACAACUCACCAACAGAAUUCCUGCAAUGUAUGGAGCAGUUUUACGCGCUCAAAGGGCAUUUUGAGAGCGUUAUUUCGAAAAGCAACACGCUCAUGCGCAUUCUGGAUACGCAAUUGGACUCGCAGACGACCUCGAUUGGGGCAACUAUCAAGGUCGCUGUUGCUGCCUCGAAGCUCAAGGGCUUGCUGAAUAAGAGCAAGCAAGGCGUCGACGAAAGAGCGAUGGCGAGUUAA